CAGAAGGUGAGUUGCUAGCUAGCUAGGAUGAAUGUGGGCGUAGCUCACAGUGAGGUGAAUCCCAAUACGCGGGUGAUGAACAGUAGGGGGAUCUGGCUGGCCUACCUGCUGCUGGUGACAGUGCUACAUGUUGUCUUGUUGAGUAUCCCUGUCCUCACUGUGCCUCUUGUUUGGACCCUCACUAAUGUCAUUCAUAACCUGGUGAUGUACUUGUUUCUGCACACAGUAAAAGGCACUCCUUUUGAGACACCAGAUCAGGGCAAAGCUCGCCUUCUCACACAUUGGGAACAGAUGGACUAUGGCAUCCAGUUCACAUCCUCACGCAAAUUCCUCACCAUCUCACCAAUUGUGCUGUAUAUUCUUGCCAGUUUCUACACCAAAUAUGAUGCCACACAUUUCCUGGUCAAUACAGGCUCUCUCCUCAGUGUCCUCCUUCCAAAGCUGCCCCAGUUCCAUGGAGUACGGAUAUUUGGGAUCAAUAGGUACUGACGCAAAUGGAUAAUAUCAGAUUUAUAUUCUAUUUAUGUCCAUAGGUGGAAGUGAAGAAAACAUGUUUGGUGACUACAUGAGCUGAUUAUAGGACAUUGUUUUUAUUGCAGUUCCUCUUCUGUGACUAAAAACAAAGGAACAUAGAUGCACUCAAUGCCAAGCCAUAUAAUUCAGUUAUUGAGUGGCCCCUUUAUUUUAUUUCACUGUUUUGGUUUUCAUUUUUUGGACAUUCAUGAUGUUUUUGUGCUAUGUGUUUGUCUUUAAACCAUUCUGCUCUCUUUGGUCAGGUGACAUGUUUGACGUCUUUUCUAGAAAGAACUAUUAUGUAAUAUUCAUCACUUUGAAACCUGAGUCUUCAUAUAUUUUUCGGUAUAUGUCCACACAUUACAUUUAAGGAUUACACAGUUUGGCUGUCUUUGCAGUGCCUUACAUUUUUCAGAUGGCUGCCACAUUGUUUAGUUAGGUGACUUUAAUCAAUCCUUGUUUACUUUCAUUGGAGAUGCAUUUCCAUGUGAGUGUUCUGAAUAAAUGCCUAAUAAUAUAACUUUAAA